AUGGCAUUUGACAACCCUGGACUUCGACGUCGUUCUCCCAAUCCGAACUCGCCCCUGCCGCAGCUAGACAUCCCUUAUUCGCCAGCGUUAUUAUCCCCGUAUAUCAAUGUAUCAGGCAAUGGAGAUGGGAGGAACCUGGGAUUGGGGUACAAUGAUGUAUUAGAGAGGUAUCAGAGGGCUUCGCCAUUGGUGGAUCCGAGGGAUUAUCCAAAUCCGACUAUCCGCCUUAUACCAUCCCAUGGUAACUUACCGAACAGUCCUAUUCAAGCGACUCGGCAUGCUCCGCUUACGUCCAGAUCCCAGUCAAACGACGAGAUCAGAAGUGUCUCGGCGGAAUCAGCGGCAUGGCUAGCAGCUCUGAGAAGACAUCGUACGGAUCCGAAGUCUUACUCGAAUGGUGAACGAGCAAGUAGGGGUAGUGCUUUCGAAUCCAGCUUGUUCCCGAGGGAUAGUAGAGAUAGACCUGUACCUCCAUUACCAUUAGAUAUCAAACGGUCAAGAGGCGGUACACCAAGUACCAUCUCGUCAAAAUCGACAUCUACAGCAAGGGGUACGGGAGAAAGUACUAUGGGUUCCUCGAGUCCAGCAACACCACAUGAUAGUCGACCACCUAGCGUUCUGUCAAGUUUGAAGUCAUUCAAAAACCCUUUCGCCCGCGCAUCGCAAUCGAUAAAAACCCCUUCCUCACCUGCUCUAUCAACUAGAUCUAUCACUUCCUUCGCCACUUCCCGAAGCUCGAUAUCAUCAGCCUCAACGUUGGCAGUACCAUUUUACCCCUCAGCGUUUUGGAAAGAGGGUGGUAGACUAGGUAAUCUGUCGAGUAAUGAUGUCAGUGAGAAACUCACAGAUAAGUUCCCUGCACCAAGACAGGUCAAGGAAGCUGAGAAGGGAAGGAAAGAGAGAUGGACCGUUUACAAAUGGGUUCUAUUGCUGUCGGUCAUGACUGUCUUUGCAUAUGGAGUUGCAGGGUUAACAUGGGCACUAUUGAUACUUGGUCGAGUCCUCACUCUUGCUUCACUACUCUGCAUAUUCACCGGUCUGAUCGGCUUUACCGGGACGCUCCUGAAUUCAAGACCGAUACUGGCUUUUUACAAUCUGCUACUAUGGCCAAUAGUCUUAUCCAUGUGUUUAGUAGGAUAUACAUCCUAUAAGCGAGGAUCUUUACAGCUGGAAAGGAAGUUGAACCAAUCUUGGAGUCAAUUCUUGGAUGACGGCGAACGUCUGACUAUACAGAAUUCAUUGAAAUGCUGCGGUUACUAUAAUCCUCUCCAUGAUGCGACAUACUCGAAUAGAUGUUACCCUCGAACGACCUUACCAGGUUGUAAAGCCAAAUGGAUCAAAUUCGAAAGGGAGAACCUGCAUGAUUUCGCUACUGCAGCAUUCAGUGUGCUAGGUUUCCACUUUCUCAAUAUCGUCAUAGCAUUGCUCUGUUCGAACCACGUCAACAGGACUUUCGGUAAAGGUCUAACCCCUCCUGCGUACCGUCUGAGGAUGGCCGAUGUUCGAGCCAAUGCUCUGGCAGUACUAUCAACUCUGCCAAAAUCGAACCCCCAUAAACCCUCUCUUACGCGUCAACCAGCCAUCAGUCACAAGAGCCGUUUGGAUUCGCCUUAUUCCCGCUCGAGCUCGAGGAUGAGCAUGACGAGUUCGGAUAGUGGGACAGUAUGGACUGGGGUGAUGCAUGAGGCCGGUCCGAGAGGUAGAGCAUUGAGAGCAGCUAGACAACGUGGUUUGUUGUGA